AUUUAGGUGGUGGGCAAGUUGUGUAUGUGUGCGUUUUAGGGAUGUGGACUUGUCGAUUUUAAUCAUGUUAUAUAUCGAUAAUCUCUACACCAUGAAACGGAAUAGCGAUUAUUUGUAGCUUCUAUAUCUUCACUCAAAAUCAAGACUAUAGAAAUGCUAAUGGUAAUGGUAAUCAAUACUUUAUGAUAUAAUAGAAUAACUCAAUUAUUGCGUAGUUAAAACAUAUUUUAGUUGGUUUUGGCCGAUGUACUAUGGUGGUUUUUGCCGUUGAUUAUUGUAAUAUCGAACUCACAAAAUCAUACCUGUUUUGAUAGGAAUAUAUAAAGCUGUGUUAUAAUGGUAAUCUGUUCAUUUUAGGUACUAUAAAUCCUUUCAAGUAAAAUUAAAAUAGUAAACGGUUUUUUUUAUACCACGACGGUGGCAAACAAGCAUACGGCCCGCCUGAUGGUAAGCAGUUUAUCCAAUAGUACUAAACAACCGAAAGUUUAUAAAACGAUUUGCAAUUUUUUUAAAGUUUUAGUAAUAUCCGGGUACCUGAAAAACGAUUUUCAAAAAUGUAUUACACAAAACUAUGCAAAUUGGACACGCGGGAGUUUUAGUCUCGCAUUUGUAAUGAUAUAAACUACAGUAAUUUGCAAUAAAAUGAGGAUGUCACUUUUUUGGCUUCUCUAAAACACUAUGUGUUGUGUGCAAGUUGUAUAGCGAAUAGUAAAUCUUUAUCAUUUCCUUGUUUCAAUACAUAUUAAAGCCCGACCAGAAAUAUAUGAUUAUUCUCAAGAGGGCGCUGUUAUUCUCAUGUAUAGGGUGACAGUUCAGUUUAAUAUGAAAAAUUUAGUUUAAAUAAAAUUCCGCAAUAUGGCGCGUGAUCAUAUAUUACUGGUCUGGGGGCCUACCGCGAAAACCGAAAUUCACAAAUUGCGGGAAUCUUUCUCUUUUACUCUCACUAAGACGUAAUUAAAGUGACAGAGAAAAAUGCCCGCAAUUGACGAAUUACGAUUUUCCCGGUAGCCGCCCAGGCUUUACUAUUCAAUUGCCAGAUGUCGCCGUUGAUACUUUUUGCUUAGUUCAUGCUUAGCUCGCUGGCUUAUAGAAUAUCUGUAUUAUUUGACAUGACAUGGACAUGAUGGACAUGAAUGACAUAUGAAUGACACUAGUGACAGUCAGUAACAUUCGUGACAAUGGCAUGUCGUAUCAACAGAGCGACGAGAUAUUUUGAGUUAAAAUUGGGAUAUUUUCAUUUGAAUUACGCCCUGUCUUGAUAACGAUAAUAUAUUUUUAGGCUGAGCAUCAGCUAUAUUGAAUAAUUAUUAUAAUGGUGGCAAUAUUCAUCAAAAGGCAUAAGAGUAUGAUACGCGUUAGUAUAUUUUUCUUUUGUAUUGGUUGCGGAAUAGCGUUGUGUUUUUUGAGAAUUGACUGUGCUAAUGCAGUGAAUACUGUAACCCCAGUGUCUGCACGGCAAGGUGCGACUAAUGGUAUAGAGUACGCGGUGCUUGUUUUAACCAGCCCUUUGAACGAGGAACGGCGCAAUGUUAUUCGUAGCACCUGGGCAAACUUUGUGUCCAAUAUAUUUGUCGAAAAUGGAGAAAGAUUAUACAAGUGGAACCACAGUUGGACUGAAAAGCGACGCAACCAUGAUUUCAUUAAAGUUUACUUUGUAGUUGGUACUAAGGGAUUAAGCAAUGAAAAGUUAAACAUGUUAAAAACAGAAAGUACCAGAAGUAAUGAUAUGGUUUUGUUGGAUAACCUGACUGACAAAUAUGAAAAUUUGGCUAUGAAAAUGAAACUAUCUUUUAUAUGGUUCUAUGAAAACAUACAGAAUCUAAAGUAUAUUAUUAAAUGUGAUGAUGACUCCUUUGUUAGAGUAGACCUAAUUGUAAAAGAUUUGGAAGCUUUUGCUCCUCAGAUGAAUUCAUAUACUCUCAAUACAUAUAUCUCCAGCCAAGUCAAGACCGGUACAACCCAAUAUCAAGGCCUAUAUUGGGGGUAUUUCAAUGGCCAUGCUCGCGUUCAACUGAAAGGCAAAUGGCAGGAACAAGACUGGUUCUUGUGUGACAACUAUCUGCCAUAUGCACUUGGCGGUGGUUAUGUCAUUUCUCGCAACAUCAUAGACUUUAUUGCCAAAAAUGCAGAUUUACUAAGUUCAUAUCGAUCAGAAGACAUAUCAAUGGGUGUUUGGACAGCUCCAUUGGAUGGAAUCAACAGAGUUCAUGAUCUCAGAUUUGACACCGAAUGGACUUCACGAGGAUGCCUAAAUCAUAUGUUAGUAAGACAUAAACAGACGACUCAAGAUAUGUUUCAGAUGUACAAAGCUUUGGUGGAUUCAAAGGGAGAAAACCUGUGCAAAACUGAAACCAUAGAAAGAGGAGCCUAUGCAUAUAAGUGGAACUCACGCCCUAGUCAAUGUUGUAAUUCACUUCAUCAUUUGUUUAACAGGAAAAAAGAAAAUAUUCCUGGCAACAUGAAAACGUGAAGGACCAACUAGUCAAAUAUUAUUUCUUAGUAUUAAGUUGCUGUAGAAGAUUCAGAAAAGUCUGAACAAAGGUAUAUUUUUAUUACUAAUCCAAUUGAUACUGAUAAAUAUUGAAUAAGAAGUAAGACAGGAUAUGCAGUGCACUCGCAAGCAAAAAAGUUCAACAUAAGAAUGAUAACAUUCCAUUUUAGAAGCAUAUUAGUAGUCAACAUUUAACUAAAGGUGUCCAUCAGAGGCAUAGUGAUAUUGGGCUAAUAAGUACUCUUAAGGCUGUAAUUUAAUAUGGAUGUACUUAUCAUGUUAAAACAAAAACUUCUUUUAGGGACUUCCUUUACACUUUAAGGUGAAAGUGGACAACCACCAUAAAAACGUAGUCCCGAAUUUGCUAUCUUGAAUUAUCAUUUUUGGAAAUAUUUUUAACAAUUUGAUGUAAAUCAGUAUCAACCACAGCUAUGCCCCUUUUUAGGGUUCCGUAGCUAAAUGGCAAAAAACUGAACCCUUAUAGAUUCGUCAUGUCCGUCUGUCUGUCCGUUUAUGUCACAGCCACUUUUUUCCGAAACUAUAAGAGCUAUACUGUUCAAACUUGGUGAGAUGUAUUCUAUGAACCGCAUUAAGAUUUAUACACAAAAAUAGAAAAAAAAAACAAUAAAUUUUGGGGGUUCCCCAUACUUAGAACUGAUACUCAAAAAAUAUUUUUUCAUCAAACCCAUACGUGUGGGGUUUCUAUGGAUAGGUCUUCAAAAAUGAUAUUGAGGUUUCUAAUAUCAUUUUAUUCUAAACUGAAUAGUUUGCGCGAGAGACACUUCCAAAGUGAAAAAAUGUCCCCCCCCUGUAACUUCUAAAAUAACAGACUGAAAAAUCUAAAAAAAAUAUAUGAUAUACAUUAUCAUGCAAACUUCCACCGAAAAUUGGUUUGAACGAGAUCUAGUAAGUAGUUUUUUUAAUACGUCAUAAAUGGUACGGAACCCUUCAUGGGCGUGUCCGACUCGCACCUGGCCGCUUUUUUGUUUAAUUUUUAAUUAUAAUAGUUACAAGCUUUUAAAGAUUUGCACUUAUGGAAAUAAUUUUUCGCUCCAAAGUUUCCUAACUCUUGUAAUAAUCAAAAAAUAGGAAAAAGGCAAACAAAGGGGCCUAGCUAUGUCAAUACACACCAAUGGUUUUACGAUCAAAUUGUGUGUAUGAAAUGAAAUGAAAUUGAGGACUAUGUUUGUAUGGAGAAGCGGCCGUUCCCUUUCCUCUUAAGUAGGGAAGCAAAUUUAUACUUUUAUCACUAAACCUCAUGACGAGGGGUUGAUAGAAUUUUGAAAAAAUAUACCAGUGUCUAAAAAACUCGUUCGAUUUAUGGACCCGAAAGAUAUUAUUUGUUUAUUUGCAUUCUAUUCGUCUUGUAACAUGUCGGUGAGUUACAACACAUAAUAAUUUUCCUUUAAGUAUAUAUUUUAUCUUUAUUGGUAACCAUUAUGUAGAUAUUUAAGUUUGUCAAUCAAUUAUUUUAAAACUUUUAUGCAUUGACAUAUGAAUUAAUAAGUUGUACAUUAUAAUUUUCCUUUAAGUAUAUAUUUUAUCUUUGACGCGCGUUGCUUAUUAGUAACAGUUAUGUAGAUAUUUAAGUUUGUCAAUCCUCGUUUUUGCUAGGAAAGUUAUAGAUAAGUACCUAUAGUCAUCAUUUUAACUCUAACCAUUGCUCCUUAAUUAUUUAAACCUUUUAUGCAUUGACAUAUGAAUUAAUAAGUUGUACAUUAUAAUUUUCCUUUAAGUGUAUAUUUUAACUUUGACGCGCGUUUAUUAUUGGUAAUAGUUAUGUAGAUAUUUAAGUUUUUCCAUCCUCGUUUUUGCUAGGAAAGUUAUAGAUAAGUACCUAUAGUCAUCAUUUUAUUUUAACCUUUUUAUGCAUUGACAUAUGAAUUAAUAAGUUGUACGUACCUAGUUAAGAUCCUGUAGUCUUAAGUUAAUUAAUGCCACGAUGUUACGAAAAUUCACUUUUUAAAUUGUAUUUAUCGUACUUAAUUCACACACAUAAAUUUAUAGCAUACGCUAACAUACAUGUAACUUAAAUAGAAACUUCUUAGUUGUUGUAACACAAAGACUAGUUAAAUUACGCGUCUGGAUUUUCUAUCGCUUGUGUUACGAGGAUUGUUCCAAGGCGAGGAAUUGUUCGGAUUAAUCCCUGCCGCUUCUUACCGCCAUAGCCCUAGCGCGAGAACAUUUCCAUAUUCACUACUUAUAUGGUUGGCAGUCCUCAACUGUGCGUUUCUCCAUAAACAUCCUGCCUCUCACACCUAAAGUGUGGAAUGAACUGUCGCCUCCAGUAUUUCUGGACUGAUACGCCCUUUUAAGAAAAAGUAUACUCCCAAUCUUAAAUACGGCAACGCACUUACAACUCCUCUCGUGUUGCGGGUGACUAUGGGCGACGGUAAUCGUUAUCAUAAAAAAAAUUAAUAAGUUUUUUAUACAAUUCACCCUUAAACAUUUGUUACGCUAUAUUGCUGUAGCUGUUCGAUUCAUUGACCUUCUAAUGAUUAUGCUUAUCACUUAAUUAUCACUCUUGCAUGUUACGACUGUUACGAGUGAUGGCCCAAUCAAAAUGUGGUGUUGUAUGUUUAAGCAAAAGCUUGUUGCAUGCGCAUAACUUUUUCUGUUUCCAAAAGUUAAGAACAUGGUUGAAAAUACGAGUAUGGUCCCACAAUAUUGAUACAGCCCAAAGCAACGUCGCCAACUUUGGAACCGGUUUAAAAUCAAAUAGUCACUACCAGAAAUUAGGCUACUGUAUUCUUAAAUUUGAGAAUCGGGGAGAUUCUUUUAUUGAUUUAUUAUCAAACUGAAACAUGAAUGCAUAUGAAAUUAUGCCAUUUCGAUUUGCAUCAUUUGCACCUUAAAUUUCUUUUUACUGAAUUAUUCUCCUUCUAAUUCGACUUUAAUAAAACAGUGCAGGGCCUCUUGGGAUAGAUUUUAAUUUCAAUAUUUCGCGUGCGAGCAUCAUCCUCGUUAAAUAAUCUGGCCUCAGCGUUCGCGUGGUACAAGGACGCGUGCGCUUACCCCUGAUGAUAUCCUACUUCCUUAGCCCCCGAAUCCCUCGGAGCUCGUGCUGGAACAUAAUUUACAACUAUCAAUGUCAAUAUAAACUUACAACUAUACUUGAAAUAAUUGGAAACAAUAAAACGAUCGUGAAACCGUAUGAUAUUUAUUUUAUUGAAUAAUUAAAAAACACAACAUGUGAAACAUUGUACAGUAAAUAGUUUAAUAUCACAUUUACAAAAAUCCAUACCAUAUGUAUACUUAAUGUAUGUUUUAAUGAGAACCUUUAAUUUUAGUGUCCAUGUAUGUUUGAUUGUUAUAAAAAGUUGUUCUCGAUAAUUCUUCUCUAAAAUAGUCGAUUGUUCUCUGUAAUCCUUCCUCUAGGGAAACCUGUAAUAUUAACAACGAUUAAAAAUGUGUCAACCUAAA